AUGCCUCCCAUCGACUCCGGCUCAAAGGUUUUGGUGACAGGCGGCAAUGGCUUCAUUGCCGCGCAUUGCAUCGCAACAUUACUUCGCUCCAACUACCGCGUGCGAGCCACGGUGCGCUCCGCCGAGAAAGAAAAGCUCACACGCCAAGCAAUAUUGUCUGCGGGCGUCCACAAUCUUUCUCAACUCGAGUUUGCAGUUGUGUCGGAUCCAACCGACUUCGCCACAUUCUCGGUGACACUUAAAGAUUGUCAAGCCGUGGUACAUUUAGCUUCAGCAUUUACCUACGAUGCUGCGCCGGGCGAGUUUGAGGAGAAAUUGAUGAUUCCGGCGGUCAAGGGAACGCAGAUUGUCUGUGAAGCGGCGAAGCUCCACCCUACGAUCCGACGGGUUGUCAUAAUGUCCAGCUUUGCAAGUGUCUAUGAUGCCUCUCUUGGGCUUCAACCGGGAGUGGUGUACACAGAGAAGGACUGGUGUCCUUUAACCUAUGAGGAUGGCGUUAGUGCCACUGCGGUGCCCAUCGCAUACCGUGCCUCCAAGGUUGUCGCCGAGCGCGCAGCUUGGGAUUUCGUACGGGACAAUGAGGUGCAGUAUCAACUCAUGACUCUGUGUCCAGGGAUGGUAUUUGGGAAAAUGAUUCACCCAAUUUCAUCACUAUCCCACUUGAACGCGAGCAACCAAAUUGUGUGGCAAGUGCUCAAUGCUGGAAAGGACGGACAGAUGCCGCCUACCAAAGCGCCAGUUUGGAUUGAUGUCGAGGACUUGGCCGAGACCACCCUCAGAACCCUUACCUACCCUGGGGCAGGACAUGAUAGAUUCCUUGUGACCGAAGGAUCGUAUGAUACGCAGACUAUUGCCGACAUCGUUCGGUCGCGACUUCCAGAUAUACAUCGCGUACCAGUUGGAGAGCCAGGACGAAGGAUGGCAGAUACUCAUUACUCUUGCGACUCCACAAAGGCGCAGCAGCAGCUUGGAAUGAAGUUCCGAAAGCUGGAGGACUCGAUUGUUCCGCUUGCCCGACAGCUCUAUGAUAUGGAGAAACGGAACUUGGGGCAGCACCUUUGA